UCAGGAAGUACAACAGCACAGCAGCAGAGUAGCACAAACAGGUAAAUGUAUCGUUUGUGGCAGGGUAGAAAUACACUAUUAAAACAAGUGUUAUCAUUAAACGGAAAAGUGAAAAUGUCCACUGAGUGUGGUGCGGCGGACACCGGCGUCAACAGGUCGAUUCACUCAGACAACAUUGAAGAGGUUCACAACAUUCCUCUACAGCUAAUCAUCAGGCCGUUUCCUCCGGUACUGGACGAGCAGAAAGUCCAGAGUCUGAUGGACACAGUGAAGGAGACUACAGACAUCAGCAUUGUUCCUCCUAUUGAUGUGCUCUGGAUCAAAGGAAGAGAGGGAGGAAACUACUACUACUCAUUCGGAGGCUGUCACAGGUUUGCUGCAUAUCAGAGGUUGAACAUGCCCGUCAUUCCAGCGAAGAUCAUCAGAUCAAGCAUCUCAGACCUCAGAACUUACCUGGGAGCUUCAACACCUGAUCUGCGGUGAUGCAGAGAAAGCUUGGUGUGUUUUUUUGUUUGUUUUCUUUGACAGAUUUAGCCCAAAUGGGUCACACAGUGUGACCCCUAGAGGCAGCUGGUCACUGCAGGGCAGAGGAUUUACCAACAGGGGGCAGUAUAACUGUUUGUACCAUUACAUUGUGCCAAACUGCUUUUACUCAUUUUUACUUAUUUUUUAUAAAACAGGUAUUUGCCAUUUGUUUUAACCCUCAAAUCACAGUUCAAAACUGCACCUAGAAAUUAAUCAAAUGAUUGUUUUCUUGAAGUUAAUCUCCCCCACAGUCGAAAAUAUGACAAUAAAGGGAUCUUUAUUUGUUGACAUGUGCAAGAUGUCUUUAGACUCUACAGCAGAUGUGGUUGUAAAUGUGAAGAACUUUUUAACAACUAACAUUUUGACUUUUAUUGUAAGAAAAACACAGGUGAUGCCAUUAAUAUUAAUGAGUUCUCUGUUUUAGUGCCCUGGUAAGACAUCUCAGCGAACCUGCACACACAGACAGCAACAGCCUAAAACUAAGGCAGACAAAUGAUCCUGAGCUGAUGUUUCUUUUAAUAUUUAAACAUGAGUUUUUUCAGCUGGGACACAUGAAAACUUUGCAAUUACCCCCAGUGCAUUUCCUUUAUUUACACCUGGGUGUAUUGAGAGAAUUUAAUAGUUAUUCUAACUGUAUGUUGACACUGCCUUUUUUUUUAACUUGGUAUCAUUUUUAGAGGAUCAGAGUAUUAGGACAAAAUGAUGAUAUUUAUUAAGAAAACAUUACAGUAACAGCACUAACAAAUGAGUGCUUCUCUCUUAGUCCUUAAUUAAAAUCUCAGCAGUUUUGGUGGCAGACAGCACCCAGAUAUUCUCCCACUUUGUUCACACACAGUCAUCUUUGAUUAGGAUUUUCCAGACAGCAAACAAGCCUCCAGUCAAGAUGGUUUGUGGGUGAAAUCAGAUGUUCGGAGAACAUCAGGCUGACAAAAUGCAAGAUGUCUUGCAGAAUUAUCCCAAUCUGCCUGUUGUCAGUCUUCCACUUGUCAUUUCCCAAAAAGAGCCUUCCUGUAAGGUUCCAGACAAAGACAGAUUAAAGUGGAUGAAAUUGAAUCAUAUAAACGUUUUCUAGAAUCAUUCCUAACCUUGUAAAAAUGAUAUGAUUAAUACCUUACUCUUAACGCUGUGGGUCCUGAAGCAUUUAAGAACACAAAUUCUUGUCUCUUACAGUAAAUAACCAGAUUAAUCUCAGUAAACGUGUAAAGAUAUUACCUAACACCUUGUUUGUUGUUGUUUCUGACCUUGAGACUGCUUCAGCUUACUAAAUCAAGUCAGACAGCAGUUCCCCUGCCUCUGUCUUGGAGGAAGGAACUGCUGUUUUACGGAAUAAUAUAGGUAAAAUAUAGACGAGGCCUUUCCGACAUCAGCGCCUUCACAAUGCAAGCUCUGAGCUGUUUGACGAUCUCCCUUUGUGGCCAUUGAGGAAAUGAAGGGCGACCCGGAGCGACUUUUACUGACCAGCCCUAAAGGACUCUAAAUUUCUCCUCUGAAUCGUCGCGUGUGAGAAGAUUUCCUGUAGCUCACUCACUGUCUGGAAGUAACCAUAUCCUCAAAGGAGUUCUGACACGCAAUACUGGUAUGAAAAAAUGCAUUGCACCUGUUGCUUCUAGGAGAGGUUUCCAUGGGUGUUUUUGCAUGCUUUAUCUUUGAGGAUUGAAAAAGACCAAGAGGGAGGGGUGUUAAAGGCUAAGAGGAGGAACUGUUGUCUUCUUCUUUUCAUAAAUAGUACAUUUUAUUACUUACUUUGUUGGACUCUGUUAAAAGUUUGAUGAGUUCCUGUUUGUUUUAAGUCUUAUAUUUCCUUGAUAUCCUCAGCUCGAUGACCUGUAGAUGGAAACAUUUCUGCACAGGGAAAUACCUUAACAAGGUCUUAUUGAUCCAAAUACUGCACAUCAAAACAAGUUAUGGGAGCACAACUUCGAAAAAGUUCUGUUUUUUCUUUUGAAUAAGAUCUAUUGGUUUUGGUGUUGAAUUGCACAGUUGUAGUUUAAACUCACUUUAACUUUGGAGAUUUAUAUUUAAAAUGAUAGCUAACAUUAUGUAAGAGGAAAAAAGAAGAAGAAAUAUCCAAAAUGGAUCUCAUAAAUAUAAGAACAUUUUUUGUGUGACUGAUGUAACUAAAUUGUGACUUUUGAUGGAGAAAUAUGAAAACAAAGCUGACUGAUAUUCACAUUGAUUCCUUGUAAUGAGCAUAAAGUAAAAAUGCUUCUGAC